AUGAAAUCACAAAAAAGAACACUAAAGAACUCUUCUGUCAGAUUGUUUCCUGGUGUUCGUAAGAGAAAAAGUGGGAAAUUUUGUGCUGAAAUCAAACACCCAGUUAACAAGAAAAGAAUUUGGUUGGGUACUUUCAUUACUGCUGAAGCAGCUUAUGAAAUUUACAAGUGUAAGAAGCUUGAAUUUGAAGAACUAGUGAAGGCCAAAAGUGCAAAAAAGGGCCAGAAAAUUCAAGAAUCAUCUUCUAGUAAUGAUUCAUUAAUGGAUGUUGUUGGAAAUAAAGAUUCAUUAAAUGGGGUUGAAGAAAAGAACAAUCUUUUUGCAAAGGAAAAACAAGAAUCUUGUUCUACAAAUUCAUCAAAUAAGGAUGAAGAAAAAAUCAAUCUUUUUGAUGAAGAGUUGUUGGUGGGGCAGUGGGUACAAAUUGGAGAGGAUAAAGAAGUUAAAAUUUCAUUGAAAUUUGGGGUUCCAAUUGUUGAUAAUUAUGGGUUUUUGUUGGGUGAAUUUAGUGCACUGGAUGACCUUAGUAUAUGCAUGUGA